CAUACUAUAAGGUUAAAAAUAAACUACUACAAGUUAGCUAGCCUAUACCCCUGAUAACUGAGUAUCCUAUCUUUCAAAGCUUAAGGUGUUAGACUUCUAUACGAAAAAGUGCGGUACUUUUUCGACCUUAGGGAGUGCAGUGUUGCAUAUAAAGGCGUGAUGGUGUGACCUUGUGGCCAUAACAACAUGUUUAUAUGACAAAGUAAUACACUGUGCGAAUCAACGUUUCCUGAAUCUUUGUUUUAUCUUUUGAGAACUGAUUACCGUUACAUAUUAAUUGCACGAGGAGAAGAAACAUGCCAAAAAUUUUUCGACCUAGCAUAAAACAAGUAAAAAGUCAAGUAAAAACAAAUGAACAGGAAACCCGAAAAAAUGACAGUAAAGAGGUAGUUGAUGCACCACCAGUUACCGAAUCACCAUCCUGCACAGUUCCAAGUGAACCAAUUAUCAGUCCCCCUUUAGUUUCAGAAUGCGUUUUAGAAAAUCCUGAAACAAACGACCAAAGGCCAACUGAUCUUGAUUCAGAAGUCUCCGUUAGUGGUGAGAAGUCUCAGCCAUCCGGAGAAUUAGUGAACUUGUUUGUAACUAAAAAGCCCCGAAGGAUUAAAACAAAGAUAACAGAAGCAAUUCCUCCUGUGGAUCAACCACUUGAUCGGUCUUCUGUCACUCUUCGUUCGUUACUGCAUUGGGUUCCCAUUAAUAAACCACCUCCAACUUAUCGACAAGACCGUCUCAAUUCUACUACUUGUUCAGUUAAUGGAGAUGCAGACGCCUCUGAUGCCGAUGUUAAAACGCAAGAAGACGAUUCUGCUAACAUUGAAGUCAAAGAAACGUCUCCAAAAAUUGCACCCAGUGACGCUUAUUUGGAUCCAUUAGCACCACAGUUACGCAUUGAUGCCAAUGGAAAUAUAGUUUUGGAUGAAACUAGUUUAUUGAUUAAAAAGAGUGAUAAUCUCGAUAUGAAGAAUUUGCGUCACAUAAACGAGGAGACAGGUAUACUUAACGUCAACUAUAACAGCUUCCGACCUCCUCGCGAUUGCCAUGGGAAAAGGUGGACAGAACGAGAGACUACACGGUUCUAUAGAGCUUUAAGUACUAUUGGAACUGAUUUUUAUGUUAUGGAGAAAAUGUUCCCACGUCGUAAAAGAUCCGAACUAGUGAGUAAAUUUAAACGAGAAGAGAAAAGGAAUCCUUACCUUGUCAACCAAGCAUUGCGUAAUCGACGAACUUAUGAUCUAAUUAACUUGCUACCUUCAAGUGAUGAAGAGAAUGAUGAGAAAUCCGAGAAAACUUCAAAGAAUCGCAAGAGGAAAAGUAAAUGUGAUCAAGAUUCAACUACCUGCAGUGAUCAGUCAUCUGAAAAAUGUCCUGAUAAAUCGGGUAAUUCUAAGUCUAAAAGAAGGAAAAGUACACUCAGUCCAGAUCCUCAUUUCGAAGAUCGUUUAUCGGAAACAAUCGACUUCGUUUUAUCUCAACAUGCCAAUUCCAACUCUUCUAACCAGGAAUCUGAUUCAGCUCAACAAAUUACAGAUGAACAACAAAAUAUUGAGAAAAUUUCUCAUCGAUAUGGACUUAGACGUUCAUCACGUAAUAUACCAACCUUAGAAAAAAUGAUCUCAGCUAAAGAAGCCCAAUUAGCUGCUUCUAGAGAAAAUAACGAAAAAUGUGAUUUGGAUUUACCUCUUCAGUCUUCACCUACAGACAAACAUUUGUCAAGUUCUGCAAAGACAGUAGUUCGUAAACACCCUAAAUCUUAUUUCCCACCAAAAGUUAAUCUUUUAAAACUCAAGGAAAGUAUUUUAGGUGAUUCAUAAUAACAAUGUAACUUUUCUAAAGUACUGUAUAUAAAAUGUCUUUACAUAAAUGUUCACAUUUUAAUUACCUUGAAUAAAACAUUUUUACUUGAUUGUAAAUUAUUAAUUUUUCACUUUUUAAGUGUUAUUGUACCUUUUAAUUGAGGGAGGGUAGGGGGUCAAAACAUCAACUGUCAUCAGGUUUAUGCACCCAGGAAACAUAUUUGUUUUUUUUUCAAAUAAAUACUUCUUAUUUCUUUUAAGUCACUUAAUUGUUCACGAACAUAUUAUGCACAACUUGGUUACUGGGUCUAUGUAUGUUUUAUUGUUGUUGAUGGAGCUGUUUAUUUAAUAACACUAACUUUGGAAAGAGAAAGAAAAAAAGAUUGUUGCGGGAUAGAAUGGAUCCAUUUUAUUUCGUAAGUCCUCCUCAAUCUGCCUUGAACCUGUAAAAUUUAAUAAAACGAA